AAUAUGGCACCGUAGUGGCACCGCGCAGUAAAAUGCAUAAAAGUGUGUUACUGAUUUUUUAGGCUUGGAUCGACCGAGGAAUGGGCUUCAGGGAUUUAUCUGGGAUCACGAUCGUGGUCUUCAUCGGCAUUGGCGUUCUUGGCUUCCUCAUCUUGUUCAUCUUCGCCAAAAGGCAGAUCAGGAGAUUCACGCUCCGAUCCAGAAAGGGACCUCACGUCCCCGUCGGACAUGGUGCCUCAGGGGGAAUGCAGAAGGAGAUAAACAGGCGUUUGGAUCGGUUGACUGAGAUCUGCUAUGAGCCCAAAUUGCUGUUUGAACCUUCAACUGAGAAGACGGGUGCUUUUUAUCGCAUGAAAGCAGUUGACAGCCUGAAAGUGCUGGAGGAAGAGUUAUGGAAACUGCACCCUAUAACAAGGAGGUACCCUGGGAACAAUGUUCGUGCAUAUUAUCUCAGCCUAUCCUCAGGGCCCCUUUCUAAGGUGGAGGGCCAAGUGAUUCAAGAUUUCAUUACUCUGUAUGAACAAGCUAGAUUCUCCCCUGUUCCAUUUGGAAAAGACAUGUAUUCCACAUUCCAUGCCGCCUGGAAGCAGCUGAGACAGUCUAUUCAUGCCACAAAGCCUGCCAAAAGGAAACAGGUUGAGCACAAGGUGGACAACAGCAUUUGGUAUGUCCCUGCAUCCUCACCCUCAGGGGAAGACUUCUUCCUUGAUGGUCUGGGGUCCGAUGACUCUGCAAUCGAACAGGACCAUAGCUUGAGUUCUGAUAGGGAGAGACGUGAACGUGAUCAAGUUACAACAUGAUCCUCCCUGACACCUCUUUGUGAUACACACCUAGUCACAGUAUUCCUUUCUGGAAAGUUUCAUUUGAUCUUCCUCAG